AUGUGGGCCCGGGCCUUGGUUGAAGUGGUAUAUGGGUGGACCGGCUUGGAGGUUUGGGGGGGGGCCCAUAGUUCGUACGCCCCCGGGAAUACUGUUCGAGUGGGUAUCGGCGGGUAUCCAGACUCCCCGGCUCGGUGGGGCUGGUGGGGGGGGGAAUCCCGUGCGACUUAUUGGGGGGGGGUUUUUUGGUUCCCACGGGGGGGGGGGCUUACCCACACAUUGGGGGGUGGGGGGGGGGGGGGGGGGGGGGGGGGGGGGGGGUGGGGGGUUGGGGGGGGGGUUGGGGGGGGGGGGGGGGGGGGGGGGGGGGGGGGGAGGGGUGGGGGGGGGGGGGGGCGGGGGGGGGGGGGGGGGGGGGGGGGGGCGUUGGGGUUGGGGGGGGAGGGGGGAGGGGGGGUGGGUUUAUGGGGGAGGGGGGGUUUGGGGGGGGGGGGGGGGGGGGGGGGGGGGGGGGGGGGUGGGGGGGGGGGGGUGGUGGGGGGGGGGGCGUCGUACUAUGGGGGUGGGCGGGAUGUAGGGGGGAGGGGUAGGGGGGUGUGGGUGAGGAGUGGGGUGGUAGGGUUGGGGGGGGGGAUGGGGAAUGGGGGUGGGUGGUGGGUUUUGGGGGGUUGGGAGUGGGUAUGUGGUGGGGUUGUGGGGUUUAUGUGGGGGUAUUGGUUUGUUGGGGAAUUGUUAGGGGGGGUGUGGGUGUACUAUUGGGGGGGGGGGGGGGGGGGGUGGGGGGUGGGGGUUUGUGGGGGAGGUGGAGAUGUGGUGGUGAUAGGUUGGAGGGGAUGGGUGGUGGUAGGGGGGGGGGGGGGGGUUUGUUUGGUGGAGGGGUGGGGGGUUUGGGUGUGGGGUAAUGGGUUUGUGUGGAUAAUGGGUGGGGGGAUUGUAGGGUGGAGAUGUGUUGAUGGGGUUGGGGGGGGGGAGUUGGUGGUGGGGGGGGUACAGUUUGUUGCAGGGGGUGGGUUGGAUGGGGAGGUGUGGACUUGCAGGGCCGGGUGGUGGCGUAUGGAAAUAGGGUGGACCACGGCCGACUCUGCUGGUAGUUCAGGGUUACAGUGGGGGAGGGCUUACUGGCUCUUUACAUGGCCGACUGCUUAUCACUCCUAG